AAUUGCUAUUGAUUUUUAAGUCUUCUACAAGGUGUAUGGACCAUGCGAUAAGCUAUAACUAUAUUCCAGAGAGAAGAAGAAUGCAAGGUGGAGAUGGUCUGUAUAACAGAAUGUCAUCAGCCCACAUGUUUAGGGAGGCUCAGGAUGCAGAAUUUGAACAUAAAACAAAGAAAGUGGCGGAGAAGAUCUCAGAAGGUAUGAAUAUCAUAGCCAAUGAGCCGUCAUUAGCUUUCUUCCGAAUCCAGGAACAUGUGAGAAAGUCUCUACCACAGUUAGUGGAACAAAAGCAUGAAGUACAAGAUUUACAACAAAAAGUCCAAGGAGCUAGUUUUGAUACUGAAUAUGCUACAAACGCUGUCAAGGGUCUGCAUAAAAGCAACAUCCACUUUCAGAACAUACAGGACCUCCUAAAGAAUGCCAUGUUUAUGAAGCAGCAGAUUGACUAUGAACGAGAUAGAAGUGAUGAACCUGUGAUACCAGCCCCACAGCCAAGUAUGCCUGUUGGGCCAUCGUCAACAUAUGGAUCCAUCAACUCCUGACACAACAGCAAACUUAGGCCUGUAAACCUGAUGCCUGUUUCAGAGCCAGAUAUCCCAAACCCCCCAUCAUCAAUGUGCAGUCACUCCAUCUUUGAUUAUCUCCCAAAAAAACCACAUCAAUGAUGGAGUUACAGGCUGGUCAUUAGAUCCUCUAAAAUCAGCUGAUGUAAAAUGAACUGUGGGAGAUGAUGAGGAAAACUAUUUACUGGAGUAAAAUCAAGUAAUACUAGAUAUUUGAUGCUUACUACAAUCCUGUCUUGCUACAAUUACCAACUAAUUAAUUAUUCUGAUUUUUGUAGGAAUUAUUCAGCUGAUUGUUUCUUUUAGUUGACAUUUGGAUUAACAUGCUUUCAACAAAUACAGCAUAAAACAUUUUUAUCCAUCAUGAUUUGUCUGUCGUCGUGUGUCGUUAACUUUUCACAUAUUCGACUUCUUCUCAAGAACCACUGAAUGGAUUUUGACCAAACUUGGGACAAAGCAUCUCCAUGGGAAGCCGCUUCAAGUUUGGGAAGAAAAAGGGCGUGGCCCCAAUAGGGGCGCCAGGAGGGGGAAAAAGGGGGUAAAAUUAGGUAAAUCUUUAAAAAUCUUCUUCUCAUGAACUAACAGUCAGAUUAAGUUCAUAUUUGAUAUUUAGGGUCCUUAUGGCAAGGUCUACAUAGUUUGCGAAUGAAAAACAAAAUCGGGUCAAAAACGGCCCCACUAGGGGGCGCUCAAAAGGGUCGAAAAUUCAACUUUGACCGAUUUCAACCAAAUUUGGUAGAAAGCAUCCCUUAGUGAAGGACAUAUGAAAUUAUGUUGAAAAAAGUGAUUAUGUCCCCUUUGGGGCCCAUAAGGGUUCUCAAGAACCAGUGGAUGGAUUUUCUUCUCAAGAACCACUGGGUUGAUCAUGUCCAAACUUGAUACGAAUGUUCAAUACAAGGUCCUGGCAAGUGUUUUAACUUUUUGGGGUGAUUCAAAAUCCAAGAUGGCCACCCUGGCCUCUGUUUGGCUAAGACAUUUUGGACUUCCUCUCAAGAACCACUGGGUGGAUCAUGUUCAAACUUGGUACAGAUGUUUACACGCGGUCCUGCACAAGUGUUGUUACAUUUUUGGAACAUUUUAAAAUCCCCAGAUUAUUGACAUAUAUUCAUCAGGUGACCAUUAAGGCCCCUUAGGCCUCUUGUUUUCCUCUCUUUUUCUCUCUCUCUCUCUUUCUCUCUCUUUCUUAUCUCUCUCUUUCCUCUCGCUCUCUUUUCCCUCUCUCUCUUUCUCUCUUUGAAAGACAAAUAUUGGAAGUUAUCAUUUAUUUAUUGAUCUACUUAUUUUUUGGUAGAUAUCUUAAUUUUGUAUCCAAACAUUCAAGUAAUGGUGUAUGUUAUAGGGUAGUUAUUGGCAUUAUUAUAAAAGUACUGCAGUAGACUAAACAUAGUGUUUAAAUUAUGAAGAUUAUAUCCAUGUUUGUAUAUAUAUCUGUUUAUAAUUAUUUAACCAUAUGUUUUUGUUGUAGAACAAUACAAUAUUUCUAUAUGUAACAAGUAAUAAUUUUAUGAUUUAUGAAAAAAAAAAAAAAUAAGAUGAUAGUAAGUACUAUUUUGUUAUAUAGAGUGUAGCAAUUAAUUGAAUUGAACUGUCUCUGUGUUUGAUAAGUAAAAUGUUGCAUUAUGCUAUUUAGUUCCUCUGAUAUGUUUGGUAAUUAUUGAUGUAUGCACAAUGUACCCACGUAAUGUGUGCAGGUUUUUAAUUUUGUUCUUUUUUUUUUUGGAUGAAAUAACUGUCCAAAACUGGGAAUGUGUACAUUGCGUAGCUAUUGGAUUUUCAAGUUUUUUUUUUUAAUGGAAAAAUCAAAGAUUCUGUGAAGCGGCCAUCAUUGUUUGUCAUGAUUAUCUGGUACUCAGAACUGACAAGAAAGGAUUUGACAAUUUAUUUAUGAACAAAAUUAAUAGAUAUGUAUAUACUGAGAAGCUUAUUUCUGGACUUUCUUAUGAGAAUCAUGAAAAGAUUCUUGAGAAUGUUUUCUUUUUAGUGAGUCCAUCUGGGGAGGUAAAAUGAAAAACUCAGAAUGAGCUUAAUAAAUUGCAAACCAAAUGAAAAGAAA